AUGUUGGCCUUGUCCGUCAAUACUGACCUUCCCGCCAUGGAUAGGUUUCCGCCCUACGAGGAACCCACCGAGGAGAUUAACAGCAUUAUGGCAACCGCUGCCCCCCCUCGUAAUAAGGUGCUGGGUCAGGUCCAGGCCGACUCUGCGGAGAGCAGCCGCGGCCCUUCUCCCCAGCCAACACAUUUCAGCGUCCCCAUGGCUGCCCGCGCGAACGGCAACGGACACAGAGUCCUGCGCUCAGCGACAGUCGGCUACGUUGCGCCUACUUUUGUUGGCAAGACCGAGCAGAUGGACCAAGUCCGCGGAAUCAUCAAAACCAACGGCUGGAUCCCGGAAGCCCUCGUUGAAGAGCAGGUCUCUUGGUUCUACAACGACCUCGGUAUUGACGAUGUCUACUUCAAGAUUGAGGUCCCUGAGGUGAUUGCUAGUCAGAUCACCUCCCUUUACGCCGCGAAGGUUGCGGCCUUCGCUCGCGAGGACAAGCGCGAAGAGAUCAGACUCGACAUGGAGGCUCCUGACCACGCCAUCUACAUCGACACCAGCGAACCCGGCAAGACUUCCACCAGCGGCCCGCGCUACGAACAGAGACUCGAGGCCAAGUACCUGGAUCACACCGGAAAGUCCAAGUUCCGCGUCGAGACCUUCCGCUCUCCCGGUGUUCUGGGAGCGUCGCCGGCGUCAAAGGCCACUCUGCGCUGCUACUUCGUCUACCAAUGUCUUUUCAAGCAGAGCCCCGAGACGACUGACCCCAACGAGACUCGUCUCGAGGUCAUUGCCGACCACGGCUUCCUCCAAAAGGCGACCAACAACACCAAGCAGAUUUACCAGGAGAUUAUCGAGGUCGCUGUGAACCGAACCGGUCCCGUUAUUGAAGUCUUCGACAUUGAGGACUCUGCUGAGAAGCGUCUUGUCAUUGCUUUCCGCUCUCGCACCGCUCGCGGCCUGUUCUCCGCACUUUCUGAUCUGUACCACUACUACGGCGUCACUAGCUCCAGAAAGUACGUGGAGCAGUUCGCUAACGGUAUUACGGUCAUGAGUAUCUAUCUCCGCCCUGCCAUGAACAUUGAGGGCAACUACCCGUCUCUGGACCAGUCCAUCCACCAGAUCACCAAGGAGAUUUCUCUCCUGUACUGCUUGCCCCAGAACAAGCUGCACUCCCUCUUUACCUCUGGUGAGCUCAGUCUCCAGGAGACUGUCUACGGACACUGCGUCUGGGUGUUUAUCCAGCACUUCCUGAACCGUCUCGGUUCCGAAUAUGUCUCUCUGUCCGAGAUCUUGGACACCAAGAACCAGACCCACACAGCACUUCUUUCCAAGCUCAAGCGCCGUCUGAGAACGGAGACCUUCACUCCUGACUACAUCCUGGAAAUCAUUCAGUCGUACCCCGGCUUGGUUCGUAUUCUGUACGCUUCCUUCGCUUCGGUGCACCUCGCCGUCGGUCCCGAUUUCGACCGCCACUUUAUUGCUCCUACCCCCGCCAUUGAGGUCCUGAGCGACGCGAAGCUCAAGGAGCGCAUCACUCGCGAUGUGUCCAACGAGCACGAGGAGAUGGUCAUGACUGCUUUCCGGGUCUUCAACAACGCCAUCCUGAAGACGAACUACUUCACCCCUACCAAGGUUGCUCUCAGUUUCCGUCUGGACCCCGCUUUCCUGCCGGAGAUCGAGUAUCCCAAGCGCCUUUACGGCAUGUUCCUGGUCAUCGGCGCCGAAUCUCGUGGUUUCCACCUGCGUUUUAAGGACAUUUCUCGUGGCGGUAUUCGUAUCGUCAAGUCCCGCAGCAAGGAAGCGUACAGCAUCAACGCUCGCAACCUGUUUGACGAGAAUUACGGUCUUGCUAGCACCCAGCAGCGCAAGAACAAGGAUAUUCCCGAAGGCGGUUCCAAGGGUGUCAUUCUUCUUGACCCCAAGAUGCAGGACCGCGCCAAGGAGGCUUUCGAAAAGUACAUCGACAGUAUCCUUGAUCUCCUGCUGCCUGCUACCUCCCCGGGUAUCAAGAAUCCCCUGGUGGACUUGUACGGCAAGGAGGAGAUCCUCUUCAUGGGCCCUGACGAGAAUACUGCUGACCUCGUUGACUGGGCUACUGAGCAUGCUCGCGCCCGUGGUGCGCCUUGGUGGAAGUCGUUCUUCACCGGCAAGUCGCCCAAGCUUGGUGGUAUUCCCCACGACACUUAUGGCAUGACCACUCUUUCUGUCCGUGAGUACGUCAAGGGUAUAUACCGCAAGCUCGAGCUCGACCCUUCCACCGUCAAGAAGAUGCAGACUGGCGGCCCCGACGGUGACUUGGGUAGCAACGAGAUCCUGCUCAGCAACGAGAAGUACACUUCCAUUGUUGACGGAUCCGGUGUUCUCGUCGACCCUAACGGAAUUAACCACGACGAACUCCUGCGUCUUGCCAAGGCUCGUUCCAUGAUCAUCAACUUUGACAUGUCCAAGCUGUCCAAGGACGGAUACCGCAUCCUCUGCGAUGACAGCAACAUCACCCUGCCUACCGGCGAGUUCAUCUCCAACGGUACUGCGUUCCGCAACACUUACCACCUGCGUGACACCGGUCUCACCGAUGUCUUCGUGCCUUGCGGUGGCCGCCCCGAAUCGAUUGACUUGAUCUCGGUUAAUAAGAUCAUCAAGGACGGCAAGUCGACCAUUCCCUACCUUGUUGAGGGUGCCAACCUCUUCAUUACCCAGGACGCCAAGCUCCGCCUUGAGGCUGCCGGCUGCAUUUUGUACAAGGACGCCAGUGCCAACAAGGGUGGUGUCACCUCUUCUUCCCUUGAGGUCCUUGCCUCGCUGUCCUUCGAUGACGAGAACUUCGUCAAGCACAUGUGCCACGACGCCAAGGGUGUCGCUCCUCAGUUCUACAAGGACUACGUCAAAUCCGUCCAGGCCAAGAUCUGCGAGAACGCUCGUCUUGAGUUCGAGGCCAUCUGGCGUGAGCACGUGGAGACCGGUGUUCCCCGCAGCAUCCUCUCCGACAACCUCUCCAAUGCCAUCACCACCCUGGACGAGGAGCUCCAGCACUCCGACCUCUGGAAGAACGAGAAGAUCCGCCGUUCGGUUCUCCAAGACGCCUUGCCUAACCUCCUCCUCGAGAAGAUUGGCCUUGACACCAUCAUCGAGCGCGUCCCCGACUCGUACCUGCGCGCCAUCUUCGGCAGCUACCUCGCCUCGAGGUUUGUUUACCAGUUUGGUAGCCAGCCUAGCCAGUUUGCUUUCUACGAUUUUAUGGCCAAGCGCAUGUCCAACAUCCAAUAG